CUGCUUCACACCGUGGUUGCUGCCUCGACCCAGAGAAAGCAGGAGUCGCGCGAAGGCCUGUGUGAGAGCGUCCUGCUUGAAUUCGGAGUGGCAUUCGUAGAAAGGUGGCCGCCCGCAAUCGCUGAUAAUAAGUGCGACAUGAUUCGCAAUGGCGCAUUCCGAAUUCGGCUGGUUUUUGGCCGGAUUAGGAAGGCAGGCAUCAGGCGCCCGAUCGCCGCUGGCGUUGGGAUGGCGUGCUCGCCUUUUCCGCCGCAUUUCUUAUAGGCUCCCUCCGUCGCACCUCUUCCCCGACCACCACCAUGUCUGCCCCCGCCGCCGCCGCCGUCGCCCGCGUCGCCUACGCUGCGUCCGACGUCCUCGUCGACGCGCUCCCCCCGCCCCCAUCACCUUCCUCCUUUGCCCCCGCAUUCCCCGCAAACGCGGCCAGGCGCCCGCGAGUGCACUCCAUCCCCUUUGGCGCGGACCCUGGAGAGACCAUCUCCCGCAGCAAGGACAGCGGCCUCGUCUCCCUCGUCGCCCCUGCCUCCUCGCAGCUCACCACUCGCCUCGUCCUCCAUCUCAGCGAGAGCGCGAACCGCCCCGUCGUCCUCCACCUCAGCGUCGCAGACGACCUCUCGGAUGUCCUACUCCUCCGCUCCUCCGCCACCUACUUCAUCGUCUCCUCCACCGCCGAGGAGGCGCACGACAACGCCCUCCUCGCAUCGCGGCUUGCCAGAGCGGCCAACAAGCUCGUGAUCCACGCAUUCUCAGGCGCGGCAGACGAUGCCGUCGAGGAAGUCUCCGAGGACAAGAUCACCGCCUUCCUCGCCGCACAAUCGCCCGCGCCGAUCCCGGCGGACGAGGCGGCUGCAGACCCAUUCAAGGCGUACGAGCGCGCCGCGGCCAACACCCUCACCCUGGUCCGUCGCCCCGUCCGUCCGUACUCGACAUACGGUGGUUCCCCCACGGACCCCCGCACCGUCGUCUUCCUUCUCGGCAGGGAUGAGGCGCGCCUGAACACGGAUGGCGUGCUCUUCGUCUCGAUCUCUCUUUUGAACCCCCUCCCUGCUUCGCGCAUCGCUUCCCUCGUGCCUGCAUCUGCAGAGCAGGUCAUUGUGCUCGAGCAGAUCCGCCGAUGGAACGUGAAGUGGACGCCGCUCUACCUCGACGUAGUCAAUGCGCUGCAGGAGACCGCGAAGCCCGUCCACUCUGGUGUUUUGGGCAGCACGAAGGGUAUUACGGAUGCCGAUGUGCAGUCCGUCAUCGAGAACGCUGCCUCUCGUCCUGUCUUGGGAUCGGUUCCCGAGGUCGCCUCCACCUCAGCUUCCGUGCAUGUCCCCAAGCAUGAGAGCUCCUACACGAAGAUCCUCUCCCACGUCUUCGGCGACCGGCUCGAGGUCGCCAACGACCCCUCCCUCGUCGCGACCCAAGGCAACCUCGCCACGAACCCCGAGUUCGCCCUCGGCCGCGUCCAGAGCCUCAUUGAGAAGCGCAAGCAGCUCGUCGCGGCCAUGGAGGAGCUCCUUCAGGCGUCUGGUAUCCCCGAUGACCUUCACAACCUUGUUUCCCAGUGGCUUUUGAACCAGGAGGACCCCGCGAAGAGCCGUAGGAUCGGUGCCCAGAUCACCGACGCGCUCAAGGCGACCCCGGUCGAGCACCCUGCGGCGGCGGAGGUGUUGAAGCUCCAGGACCAGCUCCCGCGCAACUCGCGCUGGAUCAUCGGCUCCGACGCUUGGUCUUACGAUCUUGGUGCUUCGGGUCUGCACCACGCUAUCGCGUCCGGCCUCGACAUCAACAUCCUCAUCCUCGACACCCUCCCGUACACCACUCGCCAUUCCGUCGACCCCAGCCGCCGCAAACAGGAUGUCGGUCUGUACGCGAUGAACCACGGCGACGUGUACGUCGCGAGCGUCGCCGUUUACUCGUCGUACGGCCAGGUCCUCCAGGCCGUCAUGGAGGCUGACCGCUAUCACGGUCCAUCCGUCGUCGUCGCCUACCUGCCCUACCGCUCCGAGGACGUCCCCGCGCUCGAGGUCCUCAAGGAGACUAAGCUCGCCGUCGACGCGGGCUACUGGCCGCUCUACCGCUGGGACCCCAGCAAGGACGCCGCCAACCAGGAGGCCUUCCAGCUCGACUCGGACGCGAUCAAGAACGACCUCCGCGCCUUCCUCGACCGCCAGAACCACCUCUCGCAGCUCUCGCGCGCGAAGCCGGCCGUCGCCGCCGAGCUCGUGAGCAGCCUCGGCGCGCGCGUGCAGGAGGAGCGGCGGCUGAAGGCGAAGCAGGCGUUCUCGCAGAUGGUCGCCUCGCUCGACGCGCCGCCGCUCUUGAUCUUGUACGCCUCGGACGGCGGGAACGCGGAGAAGCUGGCGAAGAAGCUUGCGCAGCGUGCGGAGGCGCGCGGGUUGUCGGUGACCGCGGGCACGUUCGACAGCGUCCCGCUCGAGUCGCUCGCGCAGGAGGAGUACGUCGCGUUUGUGACGUCGACGGCCGGGCAGGGUGAGCCGCCGCAGAACGCGCGCCGCUUCUUCAAGGCGCUGAACGCCGCGGUCGCUGCCGGUGAGAAGCCACUCACGAAGGUCAAGUACGCCGUCUUCGGCAUGGGCGAUAGCCACUACUGGCCGCGCGCGGAGGACGCGCAGUACUACAACCGCCCGGGCAAGGAGCUCGACCACAAGCUCGCCGCGCUCGGCGCAGAGCGCUUCGCGGACCUCGGCCUCGGCGACGACCAGGACGCGGACGGGCCGAUGACGGGGUACAAGACCUGGGAGCCGCUCAUCUGGAAGGCGUUCAAGGUCGACACGCUCGAGAUCGCGGAGGCGGAGCCCGAGCCGAUCACGAAUGAGCACAUUAAGGCCGCGUCGAACUUCUUGCGCGGGACGAUUGUGGAGGGGCUGCAGGACACGACGACGGGGGCCUUGUCGGCGAGCGACACGCAGCUGACGAAAUUCCAUGGGAUUUACCAGCAGGACGACCGCGAUAUCCGGGACGAGCGUGUCGGGCAGGGGAUCGAGCCUGCGUACAGCUUUAUGAUUCGCGUGCGUAUGCCGGGUGGGGUGUGCGACUCGCGGCAGUGGCUGCAGAUGGACCAGAUCUCGGACGAGCACGGCUGCGGGAACUUCAAGAUUACGACGCGCCAGACGUUCCAGUUCCAUGGUGUCAUCAAGCGGCACUUGAAGAGCGCGAUCAAGGACAUCAACCGCGCGCUGCUCGACACGCUCGCUGCCUGUGGUGACGUGAACAGAAACGUUACUUGCUCCCUGAUUCCCUCGAAGUCGAAGCUGCACGCUCAGGUCUACGAGUUCGCCAAGCAGGUCUCCGAGCACCUGCUCCCGCACACGAGCGCCUACCACGAGAUCUGGCUCGACAAGAAGCUCGUCGCGGGUGACGCCCUCAAGGACUUCGAGCCCCUCUACGGCGACUUCUACCUGCCGCGCAAGUUCAAGGUCUCCGUCGCCGUGCCGCCCACGAACGACGUUGAUGUCUUCACCAACGACCUCGGCUACAUCGCCAUCGUCGGCGACGACGGCGAGCUCCAGGGCUUCAAUGUGUCGAUCGGCGGUGGUAUGGGUGUCACGCACGGCAACAAGAAGACGUACCCGCGCUUGGGUACGGUUAUCGGUUUCUGCACGCCCGAGCAGGGCAAGACCGUCGCCGAGAAGGUCAUGCUCGUGCAGCGCGACCACGGCAACCGUGCUGACCGCAAGAACGCGCGCUUGAAGUACACUGUCGACCGCCUCGGCGUCGACGGCUUCCGCGAGGAGGUCGAGAAGCUGCUCGGCUGGAAGCUCGCGCCCGCCCGGCCGUUCACCUUCGACCGCAACAUCGACGACUUCGGCUGGUCGCAGGGCGAGGACGGCAAGCACCACUUCAUGAUGUACAUCGAGAACGGCCGCGUCGAGGAUGUGCCCGGGCGCGAGUUCAAGACCGGCCUGCGCGAGAUCGCGAAGGUGCACAAGGGCACGUUCCGCCUGACGACGAACCAGCACCUGAUGCUGUCCGAUAUUGCGGAGGAGGACCUGCCGCAAAUCAAGUCGCUGCUCGCGAAGUACAAGCUCGACAACCUCGAGCACACUGGCCUGCGUCUGUCUUCGUCCGCAUGCGUUGCCUUCCCUACUUGUGGUCUUGCUAUGGCCGAGUCCGAGCGCUACCUGCCCAUCCUUAUCGACAAGGUCGAAAAGAUCUGCGAGGAGAACGGCCUGCGGCACGACUCGAUCGUCAUGCGCAUGACCGGCUGCCCCAACGGCUGCGCGCGGCCCUACGCCGCUGAGGUCGCCUUCGUCGGCAAGGCGCCUGGCACGUACCUCAUGCUGCUCGGCGGUGGCUACUACGGCCAGCGCCUCAACAAAAUCUACCGCGAGUCCGUCACCGAGCCCGAGAUCCUCGCCAUCCUCCGGCCCAUGAUCAAGCGCUACGCGCUUGAGCGGCACGAGGGCGAGCACUUUGGCGACUGGACGAUCCGUGCGGGCUAUAUUGCCCCCACGACGGAAGGCAAGUUCUGGUACGAUCGCAUGGGUGGCGAGGGCGAGAACAGAUUGGCGGCGUGAGCGCCGUGCAGUUCUUUCAUACAUGUAUUUCUUUUUACUUACCUCUAUCGGUUGUAUUGUGCUCUCUCUUGCUCUGUAUACGUUCCGGCAUGCUUAUUUACGACGUGGAAAUGUGUAAACGCAACAUAGAUUUUCUCAAUCGAACGACUUCAUUAUCUCAGA